UCAUGCCCACGUCGUACACGUCGCUGUACCUGGCGACGGACGAGGAGUUGGAGGCGCUUCAGGACGAGAACGUCCGGCGCAUGGCGAUGGGGUCCAAGGCCAACUACGCCGCGGGGUGGGAGAUGAUAAAGACGCAGCACCCUAGGGUGGCGGACGCGAUCGACGGAUCGGUCGACGAUCAAAUUGCCGCCACGCAGGAGGAGUUCGACUGGGCGCGGGCCACCGCGCACACGCGCGCGAUGAGCGGCAAAGUGGCGGGCGGACCGUGCGCGUUCAUCGUCCCCGGCGUCGACCUCGCCAAUCACUCAUUCGCGCCCAACUGCGAGUACGGCGUGUCCGGCGACGGCGGAUCGUUUCAACUGACGUGGGACACCACGGCGACGAGGGAGAUGCCGAAGGGCCCGCCUUUACCCGAGAGCGGCGACGAGGUGCUGAUCUGCUACGGCGCGAGGAUGCCCAACGCGCUGCUGAUGCUCCACUACGGGUUCAUGGACCCGGAGAAUCCAAACGAGCAGCUCCCGAUGGAGUGCAUGAUCCCGGGCGCGAGGAAGAUCCGCGCGAAGACGGUGAGCGCCGCGGGGCGCGCGAUCGCGGAGGAAGGGGACACCAAGGCGGAGUGGGCGGCGAGGCAGAUGAUGCAGAUGGCCAAUCCGGUGGACGAUUCCGCGGAUAAGGCGGCGGACCUCGCGUGCAUCGGCGCCAUGCGCGGCGCCGCGGAUGCCAAGCUGGCGAGUUUCCCGACCACGGCUGAGGAGGACGAGGUCGCGCUCAGCGCCGGGGAGCUCGGCGAACGGAUGCGCAUGUGCGUGGAGUACAGGUUGAGCGUGAAGCGGAACGUGGAGGCGUUCGGGCGAUUCCUGGCGAAGAUGGAGGAGGUUGUGGAGUGACGCGAAGAGCUGAUAAUAGUCAGCGAGUGUGAUUCACAUUUGCUCCGUCAUCAU